AUGCCACAAGGGUCUUGCCUAGUAAGAAGGUGUAUUAAUCCCCGUAAGGACCUUACAGAGGACUUGACAAUUGGUAGUAUGCUACCGGGCCGGAGGCUCAUUAGAUCUUGUGGUUGGAUAAGGCGGUAUGGGCCUUCUAAUGCCCGUGAUGAACUCUCACAUCCUGCACAAAACGCUAGAAGCUUCUCUAGCUUGCUACGCCUUCCCAGGCGGGUCUUCAGGUGGAGUUUCUUACAUAAGAUUUCCGAAUACGACUUGCAAAUGCUUCCACAGCUAUGGCAAUUGUCGUACCGACCCAAAGAUGUUAUGUCUACUCUACAUCUUUUAAGUACAUUUACAACCCUUAGUCGACGCCUACAAAGAAGCUUACAAUACGACUUUACCGACAAAUAUUUUGUGACAAUUGUUGUGUUAACGUUAUACUGUUACUUAGCGGAUUUGAAUUGCUGGUAUUUGAAGCCAUAUCCCUCGAGCAUCGGGACGAGACAUAACCACUGCCCUAAUGAUGCUUCUCUACUGCAUACGUGUGAAUGGGAGAUGUCUCUCCAUUGGGCGCUUCACUAA